AUGGGAAGAGGGAAGAUUGAGAUUAAAAGAAUUGAAAACGCAAAUAGCCGACAAGUGACAUUUUCAAAGAGAAGAAGUGGGCUUCUGAAGAAGGCCUACGAGCUGUCGGUUCUGUGUGAUGCCCAAGUAGCUGUGAUUGUCUUUUCUCAACAAGGCAGGCUCUAUGAGUUCUUCAGUUCUGAAAACAUCAUUGACCGAUAUGUUAAAUCUGGCAAAAAUGUUGAUAUCAACAAGUUGGAAGAGGAACAACUUAUCCAGCAAAUGAGGUCUAGCUGUGCAAGUAUGGCGAGGAAAAUUGAGCUCUUAGAACUUUCUCAAAGGAAACUGUUGGGACAUAGCGUAAGUUGUUCUCAUGAGGAACUUCAAGCAAUUGAGUGCCAGCUUGAAAGAAGUUUGCUAAACAUCAGAAUAAGAAAGGAUCAGCUAUUUAGGGAGCAGCGUGAGCAACUGAAAAAUGAGCUCGGAGAAAAGACAUGGCAGCAAUGGGCUAAACACAAAGAAGUAGCACAACAGAGUUCAAGUAAAAGCAGAUUAAGCUCAUUUGUGCAAACUGAAUUACAGAUUGGACUGCCAGAGACCUGA